AGGAAACAAGAAGAUUCCGCAAUUACUGGUGGUGUCGUGGUGAAGGCGAAGCAGAGAAGAUCAUAAUUUCUCAGGAACAGCAAGGUGAUAACUUCGAUUGGACAACUGGAGAAACAAAAUGCCGGAUUCCUUGUCCUUCCCUGUGGGUGAGGUAAAGGAGGCCGUCCUGCUUCUCAUGCAAGUGAAAUUCGACUACAGGGACAGGAAAAAUGCCGAGCUUCUUCAGGAUCAUCCAAAAGUCCUUGGACCCUUCUUACGAGCGCAGGCUGCUCUCGACGUACUUCUACACCUUCAGUGUGUUAGUGUUCCUUCUGGGAAUGGUCUCCAUAACGAAGAAGAAGAGGACAAAAUACAAGGUGAAGUACUUGUGGAGCAAAAAAUCGAGAGCCAACAAAAGCUGUUGCUUAACACGCUCGAAGAAUAUCUUGGACAAGAGCAAAAGCUUGCUCUAGUAGACGCUUAUACACAAAGCGGUAGCGGAUACAAGAAGAUUGAAGUUCAUUCUCAAGGAAGACCUUCGGGUUUGGAUGACGCUCCCCACGAAUCUCUUCAACAAGUUUUUACACCCACACAAACCAAAAGCAAUCCUGAUCCUCAUGCCGUUGCCGAAGCGAAGAUGAAGGAGCGCAGUGUCAAGCUGAGCAAUAUUGCGCUUCACUUUUCUGCUGUUAUGGGUUGCCAAUAACUGCCCAAUCUAGUGGACUAACAGAAUAUGCUUAUAAGUACUCACAAUUAUAUGACUUUAUGAAGCAUAAUUUGGAUCAUGUAUAAAAUGCAAGAUACUACCUAGUUGUGUGAAACUACAGGAACCGCUAAUUAUAGCGGAAACAACGACGAGGGCGAAAAAGACCCUGACCCCCAACAGGAGAAGGUAGGUACACUUCAACUACAACUACAACUAGAUCCGACGAGCACGGAGGAAGAAGCUUCAGCGGAGAUGAUUGAGAUAAAUGUCUACAGAGUAGGAGCGGACCCUUCGUUUUUGCGGGUGGAGC